AUGCAGCCUUCAAUCCACGCCAAUGUGCUGGACCUGUGGGCCUGCGCGAGGUCGCCCGAAGCGGCGCCCGCUCUGGCGCGUUUGCUGCAAGACACGGUGCCCCCCGACGACCGCAACAAUUUUGGCGAGACAGCACUGCAUGUGGCGGCAGCACACGGAAACGACGAAGCAGUGUUGCUGCUUCUUCGCUACGAAGCAAAUAUGCUGGCUGCAGACUGGGAGUCUGGAUGGACGCCGUUGCACCGCAGCUUGUACCACCAGCAUUUAUCCAGUGAGUCAUCACUACUGCUUCUGCGCCAUGCCCAGACACGCUUCGGCAAAAAAUUCUUGCGGAAGUUGUUGCACGAGACACGGGAUCACUCCCAACAGAGUCCCAUGCAGCUGUUGUCCACGAGACUACAGCACCAUCGAAACUCCCAGGGAGCGUGUGACGGAGGCCUCAUCUACACGUUCGGAAAGCGAGACUACCAGCUGGGGUAUCACCUGCCAAAUGCAGAUGUGCAGAUUACACCGCGGCUAGUGGAGCUCCCCACUAACUCACCAAUUGUUCAACUAAGUGCCAGCAAGUAUCACACGAUUGCUCUCAAUGCAGCGGGCGAGUGCUUCGUGUGGGGCUUCGGCAAAGGUGGCCGCCUUGGCACCGGAAGCGAAUUUGACUGCGUCGAGCCUACACGACUAGAAUCACUAGAGACCACACCUAUGAAGAAAGUGGUUGCGGGUGAGAAUCAUACCAUGGCACUCUCUCGAACCGGCCAGGUUUUCUCCUGGGGAUCCAACAGCUUCGGCCAGCUUGGACACCGGGGAAAAUCAAGUUCGUCACAGAGCCGCCUUACACCAAAGCGUAUUGACGCUUUCCGCUUCCACCUUGUGGCAGAUAUUGCAGCGUCAGGGUGUCAUUCUGCUGCAAUUGAUGCCGACGAUGGUGCUGUGUACACUUGGGGUAGCAAUCGUCGGGGGCAACUUGGGCGUAAAGAAGGCUGCGGCACAGAUCAGGCAGACGCUACUCCUCAAUGUGUCGAUGCGCUACGCCCCCGACAUCCCAUGUGCGUCGUGUACGGCGCCUACGAUUUUGUGCGAGCAGAAAAGCUAGCACUUUCGGAUUGGCACACUUGUGUGGUGCUACGCUGCGCUCACAAUGGCCGCAGUCUCGGUCAGAUAUGGCAGUUUGGCUACGGCUCCUACCGUCCGAGCCGCGUGAAUUUACCGUCUGGUCGAAGCGCUUCGACCAGCGUUGCUGGUGCCGUCAUGUGCGAUACAUGGAUACCCACGUGUAAGCAGCGUGCUGUGGAUAUUGUGGAGGUUUCAUGCGCCCAGAAUCACUCCAUCGCAUUAAGUGCUAGCGGCUCUGUGUUCACUUGGGGGCACAAUGUACCAGCCCUCUCACACCAACCGAGCAGUAGCUCACAAGAUAGAAAUGCUAGCUUGUUCGGGGACAAAGUGCCACCUGUGCCGUCGCCCAGUGCGCCGCAAAAGGUGCUGUUAGGCACUUACGGUCCCGUGGCAAGUGUGUGUGCUUCUCAGGAUCAUUGCGCUGUCGUCACCCAGCAGGGUGAUCUCGUGACGUGGGGCUGUGGACAACAAGGUGUACUGGGGCACGGGCGUGGGAACACAUGGCAGCCGAGUCCAAAGCGCGUUGCAGGUGUCAAGAAAGCCGUAGCAGUGGCAGCGGGGCAUCAGCACACGGCAGUUCUUGUGGCACCCGUGCACCCAGAUUUCAAAGAUGUAGCCAAAAUUGCUGCUGAGGAUAUGGUCCCCACUUUAGUGGAGCUAGUGGAGCGCAAGAUCGCAGCACAUGUGGACGUGAUUAACUGCGCAUUGGUGUGGCAGUUUGCUGAGCGCUACGCUGCGCGUCGAUUACAGAGCUACUGCGUUGAGUAUAUGCGAUACAACUGGGACGCAGUGCUGGAUGCGGUUGGGCGAGAUCGUAUGGAUACACUCUUUGAGAUUAUGCUGCCACCAAUUGAGGUGGAAUUAGAAGAUAAAGCAAGAAGGGAAAACUACCAAGCACGCAAACAAGUGCACCAGUAA